UCAAAUUUUUGAAUGUAAACGCGGCGGUUGAGUGUCUCAGUUUCGUUUGCAUGCAUCGCUCGGUGAGAAAACAUUUAAUCUUAAAGGAUAGUUUCUGACAUCUCCAGCAAUUGGCGGAAAAAUAAUCGUUAGUGGAUUAUCUUACGAGGUUAUAGCGGUGACCAACAAAGAUGGCUACCAUAGUGGUAACCCAGCAGCCGGCGGGCAGACAAAUGAUGAUCGGGUCCGUCCAGGGCCACAGGGACUGGAACAGCGGGAUCUUUGACUGCUGCUCCGACUGCAAAUCACUGUUGAUGACGUAUUUUUGCCUGCCGUGCGCCAUCUGUGACAUCUCGACACGUACGGGAGAAUGUAUGUGCAUGCCCUGGUUUGUCCCUGGGGGACUCCUGGCUCUCAGGGCUCGUUUGAGGACCCUUGGAGGUAUUCAGGGUUCUAUCUGCGGUGACUGCAUGGUGUUGUCGUUUUGUGGCCUGUGUGCCAUUUGCCAGAUGCAGAGAGAACUCGAAGCUAUGGGUCUCUAACUUGACUAGUGGUCCGGACAACCGCUACUAGUGAUCAGAUCUUGAAGCGAUUACAUUAUACUGAUUAGGAACCUUUCAAAGAAAUCGACAAGAACACGUUUUUAUAUUUUGUAUUUGUAUUUGUUUUAUUGUUGUUAACACUGUUUUAGCACUAGAGACACAUAUUUCUUUAGAUUUAUUCGAGAUUAAACAUUCACCAAUAGUUUGGUGUAAAUAUACUUAGUCUAGCAUUUUUCAGCUGUAGUAAAACUAAGUCUGUAUCUCUUGUUGUUUUCUUAAAUAUUAUUGUGGCUUUCUAUUGAAUUACCAUAACUGCACUUUAAUCAAGAGGUCCAUUCUGUAUUUCUAUCUUUGCUGCUUACAAUGUUAAAAAUAUAUUGCAUAUUCUGAUAAAAAAUUUUAUCUUAGAAACAAUCAA